CACCCCCCUAAAAACAAGGCAGCUUUUACACUCACUUGAGCAAGAAGCACUGCACCCACCUCUUUCCUACCUCAUUGCUGAUUUCAAGCAAGUGAGGGGACUGCUUCUUGCUGAAAAUGGAGAGCAAAGAAGCCCCUGGGAAAGAAAGCAUGGGAGCCAAGAGGAAGAAUUUGACCUUCUUGAAACACCGGCUGUACAUGCUGGAGAGACGAAAGACAGACACUAUCGUGGAAAGCAGCGUUCCUGUGGACCAUAGUAGCUCUGGCACUUUGAGGAGGAGCCAAUCCGACAGGACAGAAUACAGCCAGAAAUUACAAGAAAAGAUGGCACCACCACAGGCUGGGCCUUCAUCAUCCAUAACUGCACCACAAGAAAGUGAAGAGCAGCUGAACACAAGGAUGAUGGCCAAGAGAGUGAAAAUCAUUGCUGAAUUAAUGCAGACAGAAAAAGACUAUCUCAAUGACCUGGAGCUGUCCAUCAGAGAAGUGGUUCAACCACUGAGAAGCAAAGAGAUUGGUAGGUUUGACGUGGAUGGCUUGUUUAGCAACAUUGAAUCAGUCCAUCAAAUAUCAGCCAAACUGCUGUCUUUGUUGGAAGAAGCCACAGCAGAUGUGCAACCAACCAUGCAAGUAAUUGGGGAAGUGUUCUUGCAGAUUAAAGGCCCACUAGAAGACACAUAUAAAAUAUAUUGCUAUCACCACGACGAGGCACACACCAUGCUGGAAUCCUAUGAAAAGGAUGAAGAACUGAAGCAGCAUUUAAGACACUGUGUACAGUCCUUAAAAAAAAUAUACGAGGAACAAGGAAAACCAAAUUUGAUGGACAUGGGAUCCCUGAUGAUCAAACCUAUACAGCGUGUGAUGAAAUAUCCCUUGUUACUCUGUGAGCUCUUGAAUUCAACUCCUGCUUCCCACCCAGAUUACAAGGCUCUACAAGGUGCCCUUGCUGCUGUGAAAGACAUUAAUGUGAACAUCAAUGAACUAAAAAGGAGGAAAGAUUUAGUGCUGAAGUAUAAGAAGAAUGAUGAAGAUGAAUCUCUUAAAGAGAAGUUUUCCAGGCUGAAUAUUCACUCCAUCAGAAAGAAAUCCAAAAGGGUUACUAGCCAUCUGAAACUUUUGACGAGAGGAGAACGUCAGGUGAGAGACCAAACUUUUAAUAAGGAGGAAAAGCUAUUUAGAUGUUUAGAAAAAACCGUGAAAUUUUGUGUGAAGAAUAUUUCACUUUCUCUACAACAUCUACAAGAUUCCAUGCUUCUAGCUGCACAGAGUAUAAGUGAACUUCAAGAUAUUUUACAUGACAAAAGUGAUGAAGAAAAUGGCUAUUCAGAAAGGCUGAGUAACACUGGAAACCCUUGUAAAAGCUUUGUGGAUCAACUGGACAAACUGGUUUUGAGCCCUCUCUCAGGUCUACAGACCUUAUUUCCAGGCCCACAGAAGCUGAUCCAAAAGCGUUAUGACAAGUUGCUGGAUUACAACAGCUCUCUUCAAAGGUCAGCAGGAGAAGAGCUGGAUCUGGCAAAGAAGGAGUAUGAAGCUCUCAAUGCACAGCUUGUGGAAGAGCUUCAGGUGUUUAACCAGGCAGCCGAGCAGAUUGUGGUGAACUGCCUGCAUUGCUUCAUCACUCUCCUCAGGCAAACGAUGUGCACAGCUCUACAGUUGUAUUCUUCUGUGGUGGUGCUUGUUCCACUGUCUUCCUCAAGUAUCUCUGAAGUACAGAGUCAGGUGAUGGAAGAAGUUCACAAGCUGAAUUUUGUAAAAGAUACCACCACCACCACCACCUUCAUUGAGAGAAAACUCAGCUUUGAAAAGAAGAAACCUGGCCCUUCUCUGCCUGAAUCUCCACGCCAAACAGAAAGCCACAGGUCUAAACUAUUAUCUACAUAUGGUGCAGAAUCACUUUACCAAGCUAAGCGCAAAUGCAAUGCCACACAGGAAUUUGAUAUUGAUUUAUAUGAGGGGGAACUGGUGGCUGUUGUGGAGCAAAAGGACCCCUUUGGAAGUACGAGCAGGUGGCUUGUUGAUACAGGAAUUCUUAAAGGAUAUGUGUAUUCCUCCUUCCUGAAGCUCUACAAUCCAGCCAAGGUGCAGAAGGAUGUUGCAGAGAACAGUUUCUGUGAUGAUGAUUUUGAUAACAUCAGCCUUUUUGUUUCUUCACGGCUUCCCAAUGACAGCAGCACAAGAAACCCAGGACAUAAGAGGAGUGACAGCAGCUCAUCUUCUCACAGCCAAUCUGAAAAGCCUACCAUUAAUGGGACAGGGACAGAUAGUUUUCAUGAUAUGGAUGAUCAACAUACUUUCUAUGCUGUGUAUGCAUUUCAAGCAAGAAGUGAUCAGGAACUGAGUCUUCAAGAGUACCAGCGGGUUCGGAUACUGCAGUUUUCUGACUUGAGUGGCAAUAAAGAAUGGUGGUUAGCAGAAGCCAAAGGACAGAAAGGCUAUGUACCAGCUAAUUAUCUUGGCAAGAUGACAUAUGCUUAGGAACCGAAGAGGUUGUAGAACUAGUUUCUCUGAAAAAAAACCUCAGUCUGGAUAAUAAUCUGUUUCAGUUUACAGCAAGCAAGGUGAACAUGUAAGUGAUUGACAUCAGCCAUGAUAGCUGGAAAGGCAUGUAGAUAUUCCUGAGAACUUCCAUACUCAAAGGGCCAUCACCUUGUCAAAAUCUGAGGCAGAGAACAUUAACAGGAAGCCACUCUGAUGAAUGUCCUGAAGGACUUACUAUUUUAAUACCCCUUCAUUUGCUUUUUUAUGAAGUACUGUACUAAGUCAGGAUUUAGUGCACAAAUACAAAUCACCACUAAGCUUAUACUUUUCUAGGGCUGCUACCUCCAUGGCCUUUAGAAAAUAACUGUAGAGCCCAUGAGAAUUAACCUUGGAAAAGUACAGGUCUAUGGGGAUGCUACAGUUCAUACUGAGCUGGCUCUUCCAUCCUAUCUUUAGCUACUUACACAUUUGUCAGAGCUUUUGCUUUGGGGCUGAAAUAUCAUGUGCCUAACUGUAUCCCAAGUGAGGUUUGUAAUGAAGAUUUACAAAAAGUCAAUGAGGCCAUUUUUGAAUGAUCAGAGAUAGAAAAAUAGGUUUUUCGUGCUUUAAGGAGUCUGGUUUUUUUGUGGUUGGUGACUCAAAAAGACUGUUUUAAAGCUGAAGUUGUGGCAGGUACAAACUCCUUAAUAGGAAAGGAACACUAUGCUAAAAUUGAAAAACCUAAAAGUAGAUUAUAAAUAGGAAUCUUCUGAAAAUUACAUACAUAGCCUAUAACAUGUAAUCUUCCAUGCCAAUGUAAAUAUGCACCAGAUUUGAAUCUCCAGAUAUAUAUUUUUAGUUAGAUAACUGUGCACUAGGUAUGUCUACAUUUGCACUUUAAUGCACAGUAGCCCAUUUUACUGUGCAUUAAAGUGUCACGUAAAAACCAUGCAAAUAUGCUAAUGCACAGUAAAGUAGGCUACUGAGCAUUAAGCAUCACUAAAAAAACAUGUGCUUUUGCUACUGUGCAUUAGGACAGCCUAAUGCACAUUUAUUUAGUACCUCACCUUGGAAUUACUAAAUUUAAUACACAUAAGGAAAAGUACAUUAAUGCACAUGUAGACACGCACUGAAAUCAAAUCUGUUAAAAUAAAAUGAAGCAGUGCCUUUUUUGAAUACCUAUUCCUUAUCCAACCUCUUGGCAGGGAAAAGGUAGAGGUUAUAAUACCCUGAGAAGUGCAUCAGCAUGCCAAGACUCAUGAUACUAUGAGGCAUCUUCCUCAGGCAGUGCCAUCAUUCAUAUUCCUGGAGCAUAUAACCAUAACCAUUAGCUUAAACAAUGAAAAAAGGAAAAGAAUUUAUUUAUUUUGACUGUGCAAUAAUUAGAUUGUUUAGAUUUUUGCAGAAUUUGGGGCCAACUUUUGCGUUACUGAAGUACUUUUAAACUGUUUUUAUCAGUGAAAAUAAUAAAUGCAAAAUGGUAAGGAAAGAUGAAAUUACUAAAGUACAAUCCCAACAGGUUCCUACCUACUGUACAUUGAAGUCAGUGGAAAGAUUCCCACAGUUUACUGUGAUCACUGGAUCAGACCCAUCUAACCAGAAAUGAAUGAUCAUGUAACAUCAUAUUAGCACACCUUAUUAUUUAUUUAGUACUUAUUUAUUAGUAUUACCAUAGCACCUAGCAGACUCAGUCAUAGAGUAGAACCAUUGUGUAAUAGGCAUUGUGCAAACACGAUCAAGACAGUCCUGGCCCCAAAGAAUUUGCAGUCUAAAUAAAAUAUAAACCUUUCCCUGGCAUUUGCUGCACCCUACAUCAUCAUGGACAGUUCCUGAUUGACCAUUGAAAUGACAGUACUAUUAAAACAAAAGAGUUUACUAUAUAUGUAGCUUUAAUAUUUUCUUUGCUAAGAAAAGGAGAAAAAACUCUGGAAUCUGCAUAAAGCAUAGGCGUGGCAGAUCAUGGAGACAAGCUCACAUACUUUGCAUGUGGUUACCUCAUGUGCCAGAGAAGGCUUUAGAAUUCGCUGGCAUGGACAUCCAGAGCUUGACGCUCUAAUUCAGUGGUUUUCAAGCUAUGUUCCAUAGAACCCUGGAGUUCAAUGAUAGGUCAUCAUGAGUCCAUAAAGACAUAGGCAACUGGUAGGGGGUACACAGGGGUGCAUGUGCCCUCCCAUAAUGGGGCCAGUGUCCUCCUCGAUGGCCGACACCAAUGCUGUUGGCAGGGCUGGUGCCCCCCCUGUCAAGGCCAACAGCUUCUGCAGGUGCCCCCCCUAGAUUCAGGAGGCACCAGUUGCUCAUGCAUAAAGAAAUUGGGGGUAAUGGUACAGAAAGCUAGGAGGUGGUGCAUUGCCAUUGUCAGGCUGGGUUGCCCAGCUCCAUGAAGUGAUAUGAAAGGGUUCCAUGACUUCAGAAAGUUUGAAAACCACUGCUCUAACUAGCACAAUUGAAACAAACGAUGGUGGUGUGGUUAUAUUACCUUACCUAACUCUACUUAGCUCAUGCAGGUUCUGUAACAAGUAAAAAACAGAAAAGAACAAAAAACAAAAAAAACCCCCUCAACAACUAUUACCAUCCAAAUUCUAUCUGUUUAGAAUAAGGGUGGUAUUGGAAAAGUUACUGCUUUAGGGUAGAUUGAAAUAUCAACUUGGUGCUGUGCAACCUUCUUAACGAGGGGUGGGCAAAACGGCUGAUCCGGCCAGCAGCCAGACUUCAUUUCCCAGCUGCCUCUGCCCUCUUGGUUGGGACUGGUCUCCAUGGAGGCCCCAGCUGCAGCUGCAUGGGAAAGCUCAAGGCUGGGGUUGCCAUGAAGACCAGCUGCAGCCAUGCUGGCAGCAUGCAUGGCAGAGCAGGGCAGGGGUUGCUCUGGAGCUGCUGGGAUCUUGUGAAGGGCUUAGCUUACUCUGCAGGCAGGGCAGAGCUGCGAUCUGUAGCCUGCACACUGUGGGCAGGGGCGUGAAGCAGGGGAUCACGGCC